CGAAUCGGACACUUCCCGAGGCUGACACUUCCUGUAGAACCGCCUUAAACAAAACAAGCAACUUUCCAUAGAAGCUAGAAAGAAGGCCGCUGUGAACACAGUCUACUACAUUGGACAUAUACUAUACUUCUUUAUUAAUCCCCCGUCUACAAUCGAGAGGGAGUGUGUUUUUAUAAAAUCUCUGGGGCUGUGAGCUGGGAAGUAGCUAUGAUGGCGUCCAGCUACAGCGCGAAGGAGGAAGACGGUCAUCACUCCGGACCCGCGGGGCUCGGAGCCGCCACCCGGACCAGAAAGCCCGACAACACGGCCUUCAAACAGCAGAGGCUCCCGGCCUGGCAGCCCAUCCUGACCGCGGGGACCGUGCUGCCCGCCUUCUUCAUAAUCGGCCUCAUCUUCAUCCCCAUAGGAAUAGGCCUCUACGUGACAUCCAACAACAUCAACGAGUUCGAGAUCGAUUACACCGGGACUGACAUGUCCAGUCCGUGUUUUAACUGCUCUCAGAACUUCAGCUGGAACAGCACGACUCCGUGCAAAUGUUUCCUGUCCUUCUCUCUAGACCAGCCUUUCGAAAGUAAUGUCUUCAUGUACUAUGGUCUCUCAAAUUUCUACCAAAACCAUCGGCGAUAUGUGAAGUCCAGAGAUGACAGCCAGCUUAAUGGAGACGAGCGCUCGCUUAAGGAGCCAAGCAAAGAAUGUGAGCCAUACCGCACUAAUGAGAACAAGCCUAUAGCCCCGUGUGGAGCCAUUGCUAACAGCAUGUUUAAUGACACACUGGAUUUGUUUUACAUUAAUCCCAGUGGAUCAAAAACACAAAUUCCAUUGAACAAAAAAGGGAUUGCAUGGUCGACGGACAAACGUGUGAAGUUCAGGAACCCUGGUGGAAGCAACCCAAAUCUCACUGCUGUUUUUAAAGACACAGCGAAGCCGGUCAACUGGCACAAGCCUGUUUAUGAGCUGGACUCUGAGGCGGAUAACAACGGCUUCAUAAACGAGGAUUUCAUCGUGUGGAUGCGCACAGCUGCUCUGCCCACCUUCAGAAAGCUCUACCGCAUCAUUCAGAAGAACAACAACAUGACACCCACGCUUCCCAGAGGCAACUACAGCCUGGAAGUCACCUACAACUACCCCGUGCGCAGCUUUGAAGGCCGGAAGCGUGUGAUCUUGAGCACCAUCUCCUGGAUGGGAGGGAAAAACCCCUUCCUGGGCAUCGCCUACAUGACGGUGGGCUCCAUCUGCUUCUUCCUCGGCGUGGUGCUCCUCUUCAUUCAUCACAAAUACGGAAACCGCAACAACAGCUCUGAUAUUGCCAGUUAAGCUUGUUGAGUGCAUGCGAUCUGUCAGGCGCGGGUUUGAGUAGCAUGCUUCGAUUGGCGUUUUUUAAAAGUGCAAGAGCAUCUGACCACUUGAUGUUCUGUUUAUUUAUUACUCAAGAUGCUGUGUCCACUUCAAAGUUUUAUUUUGUCAUUUUUAAUUUUUUUUCUGGUGAUGGUUGAUGGUUCAUUUCAAACAUGUUUUGGCCGUCUGAGGUUCGUGUGAUUAUUACAUAAUACGUCCAGGAUAAAGACCAACUUGUACAAAGUAUAGUAAAUGAAUAUAUAUUUGUAUUUCAUGGAAAUGGUUUUACUUUCGGCCAAAAGAAAUGUUUAAACAGGGCAACAUGAUAUGACUACUUUUAACAGUUUAAUGUACAAAGAAUAGUUUCUCUCUUCCUCGAGGUUCAUAAAGGAAAAUACUGUGGCUCUGUCUGCUUCCUAACUUCUUCGUAGUGCCAGAUUAUGGUAGGGUUCGGAUCAAUAACAACUACCAUUAAACUUUUAAGGAUUGUUCAGAUCUUUUUUUGUUUCCUGGAGAUGCUUGUGCUCUUUAAAGAAGCUUUGCUGUGUGUGUAAUUCAUGGCUUGCGAGGACCAAACGUUUCAUUCUUUGUCUGUUUAAUCGAAACUAUCUUGGGCUCAUUCUGACUGUCAUGUCUUUUUUAAGUGUUUCAGCAUGUCUGCCUCUAACAAAUAUGCACUUUAUAAGGUGACAAGCCAUACAUUUUUGGCAAGUUUUUAGAAGUGUGUUUUGUUGCUGGGUGAAUAAAAUGUCUAAUUGCUGAACUUA